UAAUUCUCAAACACUCUUGUUAGUCCUAUAUAUAUAGCUAGCCCCUUCUAUUCUGUUAACAUAUCACAAGAAAAUCGUAGUAUAACCAAAUAUGAAGUACAUGAAGUGUUUUUUAGUAUCCUUAGUCUUAGCAAUGGUUGUCGGCCUAUCUAGUGAGUUUGAUAUCCAAGAGAAGGAUGUAGGAUCCGAGGAUAGUUUAUGGGAUCUAUAUGAGAGUUGGAGUAGUCAGUAUGCUGUGUCGAGGAGCCUCGAUGACAAGGUUAAGAGGUUUAAGGUGUUUAAGGAGAAUGUGCAGCAUGUCUAUCAAGUUAAUAAGAUGGACAAGUCUUACAAGCUAAAGUUGAAUAGCUUUGCUGACAUGUCAACAAAUGAGUUUGGUAGUUACUUUGCUGGGUCGAAGAUUCACUACCACCGGACGCUUCGAGGCAACAAGACUGAUGGUAGCGAAAGCUUCACGUAUGCAGGUGUCGACAAUGUUCCUAAGUCUGUUGAUUGGAGAGCGAAAGGUGCUGUUACGCCUGUUAAGUACCAAGGCCAUUGUGGUAAGUUUAGGGUCACUUGUAAGGAACUUUUGACAGUUCAAGUCAUCUAAUUUUCCUUGUUUUGCUGAAUUGUUUUUACUGUGAAU